UCGCGACCGAGGAUGGGUUAUGAUACAAGUCUUCUCCUCAUCGCGUUCUCCCUUGUAUAUGGAGUGGGUACGGAUCCUCCUAAGUUCGUCACAAAGUCAGACACACAUCACACAGUAGAGGGGGAGACUAUCAUACUGCCUUGUGCUGUGGACCACCUUGGUGAGUUGACUAAAAGGUCGUACGUGCUGCUGUGGAGGAGAGGAUCCACUGUGCUGACAGCAGACAAGCUGAUGAUUGUCCGGGACCCGAGGUUCAGCCUCCACGAUGGCUUCAGCCUCAAGAUCGCCAACAUCACGGCCAAAGACGCGGGAGAGUAUCUGUGUCAGAUUGCCGACAGUCCAGCCAAGGACCAGGUCCACAGCGUGCAAGUUCUGGUUCCUCCCAGUAUACACACGACCCUCCCCAACGGUCAGCUGGUCUCGAGGAAAGGAGGGACAGUCACCCUCUCUUGUACAGCGUCAGGCAACCCCAUGCCGUCCAUCAUCUGGCACCGCCAGGGAAGUCCAUUACUGCACAACGAGGGGUUUUCUAUAACGAUAGAGAGGGUGGAUCGUCAUCACGCGGGACUGUACCAGUGUACAGCCAACAAUGGGGUGGGACCACCAGUCACUGUGGACCUGCAACUGGACGUCUUACAUGCACCAGAAAUAGAAGUGGAGCGUUGUCGUGUACAGACAGCAGAAGGGAGAAAUGAGGUUUUGGUCUGUACCGUCUUCGGCAACCCAACGCCUAACAUGGUGUGGAUACGAGACGGUAGUAUAGUGACUUCCUCCAACAGAUAUUCUCUUGAUAAGAAUGGAAACCGUCACUCUCUCAGCAUCAUCAACAUACAGUCCUCAGACUUUGGGAACUUUACCUGCGCCGCCGAGAACUCCUUAGGAAAAACCAAGGAAAACAUACACAUAACAGGCAAGCCAGGUCGAGCUAAGGUAGUGAGCUCACCAUACAGCUACUCUGUCAACAGCUACAACCUGACUGCAGUGGUCGAGUCUGUAUCGUCCAUUAUGGAAGUGAGAUUCAUAUACCGGAGGAUAUUGAUCAACGACUCACACCAGCAGCUGGGUACGUGGCAGGAGGUUAGUUUCUCCCCCCAGGCCAGGUCAGGGCCCCCUCAGCACUUUGUCUGGUACCACCUGCAGAGUCUUCAGCCUGCCUCGGUGUUCCAAGUACACAUACAGGCACGCAACAGAUAUGGCUGGGGAGACCUCAGCGACGUAUACCAGUUCUACACGCGCGGAGUUGACGAUGACUUCUUCGAGCGAAACCUCGAGCUGUUAUCGUCGUCGUCGACAUCGUUUCAAGCUUUCCAAAGGAUAUUGCUCAUGACGUGUUUACUUCUCCGAUCCGCUUUAUAGCACGCUCAUUCUUGUUUUCCUCCAGAAACUCCCACCAUUUUUACGUAGUUAUAACUUUUUCUAUACAUUAUUAUUCGUUGUUAGUUUUACGCAAUGUAUUAAAACAUAUAUUUGUCAGGAUAUUUAGUAAGGCAAUGUGUAAAAUAACAUAUCAUUAAUUUUAAAUAUUUCUUUUGUAAUUAAACUACCUAUUACUUUUAUUGUAAUUUAAGUAAUUUAUU